AUGAGCCUCCAGUGCAUUGUGCCUCCUCCACUGCACAGCUCCCUUAUUUUUGCUCACCGGCCCGCCUGCCUAGCCUGGUCCAGUUGCUGCCAACAGCAGCUCUGCCUGGAUCCACUGGGUACGGAGUGGGACUAUCCCCUGGGCUCCAAGGACCUGGAUGGAAACGAAGAACCAUGGAAAGGAGGUGCUGGCCUGCCACCCACAGGCUGCUUCCCUGGGCCCUGGCGCCAGGAUAUCAGCCUGGAUUGCAAGGGCUCCCCGGAAGAAGCUGAGGCUCAGGCCUGGACUGUGUACUACUACGGUCUCCUUCAGAGCUGUCUGCAGCAAGCUGGCCUUCCUGAGACCCAGGAUCGCAGCCAGGCACCUCGUACAGGUGCCUCAGGGCUCCGCAAAAGGGUCUCCCAGAGACAGGGGAGGGACCUUCAGUUCAGUUGCUUCCCCUUGUCUGUCCAGGCUGGCUCCUCCCCCAGGCUCUGGUUCCAUCUAAAGGCAAAACCAGAGGGCCUAGGGCAGACAGGUCUUGUCUCCAAGGACAUCAGGUCAGGGCUCCCCACCAAGUCCCACCCUACCCAUCCUGCUCCCUGGAAAUCCACGAUAUCAUUUGCAUAUUCUGUGGAGCUGAAACUUCUAGAGCGAUGUCUUAGGAGAUGCUAUGGAUGCAGCUGAGCAGUUGCGAUCCCAAGAUGCCUCCUUGUUUCAUAG